CUUACACAGAAAGUAGGUAAUCUAUGAGUAGAGCGAUUCCAAAUUUCCAGAAAGAAAAAAAAAAUACAAUCCAGUCUCGGCGACAUCUCUACAGUCACGGCAGGUGAUUGCCUUCCUUUCGGGCGAAACACGAUUUCAAACAAAUGAGGAAAUGGCAACGGGCUCGUUCCAAAAGGCCGAGGCAGAGACUGAAGGAAGAAGAUAGGAUAAGCCAUUUACCUGAUCCUUUGAUAUGUCAGAUCCUCUCCAACCUCCCCAUAGAGUAUGCUGUCAAGACAAGCAUUUGAUUGAAGUGUAUUAUCCUUCUCCCGAUGGGGCCAUAUUUGAGAAACUUGUCUCUUGCUCUCCUCUCUUGGAAGAGUUAAAGAUUCGCAGAUGUUGCUCUGCUCCUGAAGUCUUUCGCAUACACUCUUUGUCGCUAAAGAAGCUCCACAUAAAUUUAAAUGAUAUUGGAGAUGAAUGUAGAGUUGUGAUUGACGCUCCCCUACUACGCCGUUUGAAAGUCGAUGACAACCACUCCGAAAGUUAUGUAGUAAACAACUUGGAUUCCAUAGCCAAGUUAGACAUUUCUCUCAGCUUUGGUUUGUACAAUUUUGAUGAAACUAGCGUUUCAUCAAAGAAAAGUAUCAUCUCCAGUUUUCUCACCGGGGUUUCGAAGGUCAGGGAGAUUAAUAUAUAUGCAGACUGUUUAGAGAUGUUCUGGCAAUACUCGAAAUUAGCACCACUUCCUCAGUUUGGUUACUUGUCUCGCCUGGAUGUGUAUCUUUGUACACCUGGUUUGAAAUGGUUACUAACCUUUCUUGAGACCUGCCCAAAUUUGGAAUCUCUCAUCUUGGAAUGGAAUGGUGACUCUAAGAGAGAGCAUUCUAAGGAGAUGAAUCAAAUCAACUUUUCAUACGUUCCAGAGUGUUUUACGUCCUCACUCAAGUUUGUCGAUCUCAGAACCAGAAUCUCGGGAGAUGCUGGAGAAAUGAAGCUAGUAAGGUACUUUCUAAAGAAUUCUGCAGUCCUUAAUAAAUUGACUCUGCGUUUGGGUUGUUAUGCAAAUGAAAAUGCCGUCUUGAAGAAACUCCUGAAUAUCCCAAGACGCUCUAUCACAUGUCAAGUCGACGUACGUUGAUAUGCAAAGACUACAGAUAGAUAGAGAGAGAGAGAGAGAGAGAGAGAGAGAGAGAGGGAACAUGUGAACUUUAAGCUCUUGUCAUACAAGAAAUGCAGCUGUUGUUGACUUUGUCUAUAUUUCUUUUGGAGUAAAUGGGGUUGAAAACUGUCUCUUUGUAGUUUAGUUUAUAACUGUGAAGUCUCAUCUCUGGAGACUAUUAUGUUUGUUUUUAACAAGUUAAGCAAUGAAGUGAGUUAGUCUC